UCAAAAUAAUGGGCCGUAGCUCCACAAUAAGCAUCAUAAAUACUACACCUUAAUUCAUAUUUAUAUUGAAAGCAUACUUUUUUCUAAAAUUGUGUCUUCUUUUUCUUUAUAUCAAAAAUUUUAAAAAUGGCAAUUGGAAACAAGAAAAAUCUUUUGGCCAUCUUUGCCAUCCUUGCAUUAUUAGUGCAAGUAAUAUCCGCUGAAAGGACUUUUGAGGGAAAACUACAAUGUAGAGUUAUCGGAGAAGAGUGUGGACUGGUACAUCAUUGUUGCAAUGGUGGAAAAUGUUCUGAUAAAGGAACAUGCAUAUAUGAUCCUAGCAGUAGUUGCAAGGGUGUAGGAGAAAGUUGUGGGCUGUUCGAUGACUCUUGCUGUGAUACAUUAGUGUGUUCAUCCACUUUUUCUCAAGGCAAAUGUGAGCUGCCAGAAGACAAGAUGCAGGAAAUUCCCCACAUUGUUAUGGGCCGUUUGUUCAACAACAUUUGAGCAUAUUAUGUUUAAUUUGUUGCUUUAAUUUUCAAGCAUGGCUUGGAAAUUAAUUACAUGCAUGUUUUCUUCAUUAUGUUAAAAUAGUGUAUAAUUGGUCUUUGAUCCAAGUUUUGUUCCUAUUAUAAUAAUAAAAAAAGGUUACUUCAUGUUAUUAUCUUGA